AUGUGCCUCUGUCGUCUGCUCACGCUGCUGACGGCUUCCGCUUUUUAAACCUAGGCCUGUGUAUGGCUUCCGAAUACUGCUGCCUCCACCGCCACCCUGCGCCAUGUGCCUCUGUCGUCUGCUCACGCUGCUGACGGCUUCCGCUUUUUAAACUAGUUCUGUGUAUGUCUUCCGAAUACUGCUGCCUCCACCGCCACCCUGCGCCAUGUGCCACUUUCGGGUCUCCUCACACUGCUGCCAGGUCCAGAGUGUGUCAUGGGUCCCUGUACGGCCUCCCAUUGCUGCUGACUUCAUCGCCAGACUCUGCCAUGUGCCACUUUCAGGUCUCCUUACACUGUUGGUGGGUUCCAUUUUGUGAUAGGGUGCUG